UGUUUCAGCUCCACGCUUUGAAGAACUCAAAAACAAAAACUUUUCAGAAACUGUUUCUAAGAGACGUUGUGUAAAGAGAGGGAGAAGGAGAGAGAGAAAAGAGGAGGAGAGUGGGACCAAACGUGAGUGUAAGCGUGAGAGAGAUGGGUCGCACGAGGAGCCGCAUACAGACAGAAGCCGUCUUCCAUGUGCUGGUUUGAUCCCAGUGGCUGAGGGAUACCGUUGUUGGACUGUGUCUGCAAGAGACUCCAAAGCAGAGGUUGUUAUCCUCGCUGAUCGUUUACCCAUUCGAUCCCCAGUCGUCCACCAUUGCCUCAGAGAUGCAGUGUGAGGACCUGUCAGCCAGAGAGGAGUUCACCUACAGCCACAUGCCCACUCUGGAGAGAGGUGGCGGCUCGCUGGGACGGCGUGGAGACAGGGGACUGGAGAGAAGGCCAGACAGGGGGGAGCGGGACAGACCCGAGCGGGAUAGCUACACAGUGGACGUGAGGGCCAGUGACCUGCAGCUGGCCCAGCCGGAGCAUCUAAAGCACCCCUGCUUCAGCUACAGGGCCUGGCUCUACAGUGUCCUCAUAGGGGGCAGUCUGCUCAUCACAUCUGGGUUCUCCCUGUACCUGGGAAACGUGUUUCCUGUUGCGAUGGACUACCUGCGCUGUGCUGCGGGCUCUGGCCUCCCUGCAGCCAUAGCCAGUUUUGCCAUCGCCAAGAACAGACAUGUUGCAGUGUCAGAUUUCCAGGUGGUCUAUGUGUCAACGUUUGCUGUAACAACCACCUGCCUGGUUUGGUUUGGCUGUAAACUGGUCCUGAACCCCUCUGCUGUCAAUAUCAACUUUAACCUCAUCUUGAUGAUUGUGCUGGAGGUGUUGAUGGCCAGUACUGUCAUCCUGUCAGCCCGCUCUGCAGAGGACUGCUGCUGCCACAGGAAGUCGGUGACAUAUGACAGACCCCUGGUUAUAAAGCCUGCAGUGUUCCCUGCUCGACUCCUCAAAGCAUAUUCUGUGAUUGAAAUGAUUGUGGGGAUCUCAGCUGUGUUCGGAGGCAUCAUUGCCCUCAACAUGGACGCUUUGCUACCAGGUCCCUACUUGUCCGUCACAUUUUUCUGGAUCCUUGUGGCUUGUUUUCCCAGUGCUAUUGCAAGCCAUGUUGUAUCAGAAUAUCCCAACAAAUGCCUGGUGGAGGUGCUGAUCGCCAUCAGCAGUGUGACGUCUCCCCUGCUCUUUUCAGCCUCGGGCUUCCUCUCUUCAAGCGUGAUCAGCUUCAUCGAAAUUUUCCUGCACGAUGUGCCCACAGAAAAGCAAUCCUACGACAUCCUGCUGCUGAUUCUCAUGGUGCUGCUGCUGGUGCAGGCAGUUCUGACUUCAGCCACUGUGGUGCACUGUGCCUCCUACAAGAGUCAGCUCCGCAUGGGGGCUCCAGAGUGCGGGGAGAGCAUGCCCAUGCUGACCCAUUACUGUGAGCAGCAGGCGUCCAGUGGAGCGCAGGAUUUUGACAAAGACAGAGCUUGGAAGGCAGUUGUGGUCCAAAUGGCCCCUUGAGCAGUCCCUUUGUACCUGGAGAGUUUGGAUGAGAAGUGUAAAAACAAACUUUGUAAGCUGUAAGCACAAAACAAUCCCGACAGAGCGUAAGAAGGAAGAAGGAAGAGGUUUAAAGAUGUGAACAGAGAAAAGAGGAGAAGAAUGGAAAGAUGAGAAUGAAAUCAGAAAAGGAAAAGAAACAGUUUUUAUGAUUUUAAUUAAUGUUUUUGAUUAAGCUCUUUUGUAUUCUGUGUUUUUAUGAUUGUUGUCGGUUAGUGAGAAGCGUCAUUGAGAAAAUUUCUCUGCUGUUUACUAAGCAUAAGUACCUUUAAACUGAUAUAAUUUAGAUACAAUCAAUAAUUGUUUGUUUUUAUCUUGAGUAACAUACAAUCAACAAUGGUGUGUUUUUAUCUUCAGUAACAUGAAGCUGUUUGAGCCUAAAUGUUCAUAUUUACCAUGAAUAUUUAACUUUAUUACACUGUAAAUACCUGAAUUAAUUCUCCUUUUAAUGAAGACCGUACAAUAGGACAAAUAUCAGGGUUGUAAAGUUAGAUAAAAAGUGUGUCAGUAUGUGUAAGUACAAUAAAUCCACGUCAUGCAUAUCA